GCGGUGGCAAGAUGGCGUCCCUGGAUCGGGUGAAGGUACUGGUGUUGGGAGACUCAGGUGUUGGGAAAUCUUCACUAGUUCAUCUUCUGUGCCAAAAUCAAGUGCUGGGAAAUCCAUCAUGGACUGUGGGCUGCUCAGUAGAUGUCAGAGUACAUGACUACAAAGAAGGAACCCCAGAAGAGAAGACCUACUAUAUAGAAUUAUGGGAUGUUGGAGGCUCUGUGGGCAGUGCCAGCAGCGUGAAAAGCACAAGAGCAGUAUUUUACAACUCUAUAAAUGGUAUUAUUUUAGUACAUGACUUAACAAAUAAGAAGUCAUCCCAAAACUUGUAUCGUUGGUCAUUAGAAGCUCUCAACAAGGAUUUGGUGCCAACUGGAGUCUUGGUAACAAAUGGGGAUUAUGACCGGGAACACUUUGCUGAUAACCAAAUCCCGCUGUUGGUAAUAGGAACUAAACUGGACCAGAUUCACGAAACCAAGCGCCAUGAAGUUUUAACUAGGACUGCUUUCCUGGCUGAGGAUUUCAAUGCAGAAGAGAUUAAUUUGGAUUGCACAAAUCCACGGUACUUAGCAGCUGGUUCUUCCAACGCUGUCAAGCUCAGUAGGUUUUUUGAUAAGGUCAUAGAGAAGAGAUACUUUUUAAGAGAUGGUAAUCAGAUCCCAGGCUUUCCUGAUCGAAAGAGGUUUGGGGGAGGAACAUUAAAGGGCCUUCAUUAUGACUGAGUUGCACACAUCCUUUGGAAGAGUGAGCAAGAGGUGGCAAUUUUUCACAGCAUUCUUGCUGUGUCAGUUAUUAAUGUCUUAGCCUUUUCAUGAAGUCAUCUUAAAAUGCCACCCUUCACCCUCACCUGUUAAUGGAAAACUAAAAGGAAGUGACUAUGGGAGUUCUAAACUUUGUCCCCAUUCCCUCUGUUCCUCACCUUUCUGUCCCUGUUUAUAGAUUAUGUAAAAGCCUUGUGGAAAUAUGAGAUGUUGUCAAAAUGAUGCAGCCAAUGAGAAGUGACAGAGUGCUGCAGAGAAAAUUUACUCCUGCCUAGACCUGGAGGGUUUUUAUAGGUCUGUAAUUUUUCCACAAGCCUUGCUGAAGGCUUAAUUAAGUACUUAAAAAAAUGUAUCUCUAUUGUUUUACUUUCUGGAGGGGAAAGGUUAUGUUAACAAGCCCUGAGUUGUCCACCCCAAACAAUUUCUGUCAUUUUCAAAGAAGCAAGAUGGUGUUAUUUAAUUGUGUCCACCCUCAUCACACACAAGAAUGCCUAAUAAUAGCAGCCCUUGUUCCCUCUCCUCUCCUUUGCAAAUGGUUCAGUGGCUGGAAGAGGAGCACUAAUGGCUGGAGUUAAAUAUAAAUAGAUUAAUAAUACAUAGAGAGCAGCAGUACCAGAAAAGAAGAAUUCUGCGAGACAUUGACAGCCCACUAAAUCCUUCACUCUUUAGGUUAAAGUCGUCGCACUCUUACUGUUUUGUUUGGAAAUGGGUAGGGUGAAUCUAAGACCCGCACAAAGGCAGUAAGAAAGAUUUAUAGCCUUUUCAGAUUGUUGUUUUUUAAGGAAAAGUUAACUCCUGAAAUGUCUCAACUGUAGUCUGUGAACUAAGAAUAUUAUUCUUUGUGUUAACAAUGUAUUUAUGGAGAGAAGUGAAAAUAAGUUCCACAGCAACACAUUUACAUGAAUUAUGGACUAAAAUUCUUGGAUUUCACAGGCCAAAAUCUGGGGGGUGGGGGGUGUAUAUGCAUAAUUGUUCCUUUCUUUUUUUACCCAUCUUUUUUGCUUGUUUAAUUCUCUCUGUCCCAGUUGUUCUUAAAUAUAUAAACCUGGUUUCCAAAAACUAAUUUGCUGCCUUUUCGACAUCUUUUCACUCGCAUUCUCUCUCUGGCUCUACUGCAGGUCUCUGCACUCCUGAUUUUGCACCAUAUUAAAAUAUAAUCAUAAUUAUAAAUACAUAGUUUCAGCUUCUCAUUUUAAAACUAGGAAAAAAAACAAUAAAUUCACUUUCUACUCCAUUUUAAUUAAAUUUUAGAAGUACUCUGGGAAUCAAGGUAUGCUGAAAGAGGGUGUUAAAUAAGGACAUUAGAGAGUUCUUUUAGAAAGGCAGUCUUCGGAAUUUGGGAAAGGAUGGUAAAGCACUUUUCAUCAGCUAGAAUAUUCUCCAGUUUUUCUUUGCAUCCUCCCCCACAAGACUUAGUCCUGAUUUCUUUUUUGACAUAAAGGAAAGCUAUGCAAAUCAGGAUCUGUGUGUGAAUUGGCACAAGUGUGUUGUGACAGAGGCUGUGCAGUUAGGGAGUAGAAACCAAAUGAAUACAUAAAGACCUCAGCCCUUGUAUUCCUCUUUUAACAAAUGAAUCAAUAACUCUUUCCUUACCCUCCUUUCUUUCCCUUAAUUAAAAAAAUCUAUCCCAAUUUCUUCAUGUUCUUCCUUAUUAAAAAAUUGAAGUAACCCAUCACUGAUACCUUGAAAAAUUGGUAUUACUCCUCAACUCCAUUUCUUCUUGCUGUCAGGCUUAACUCUCUGAAUUACAGUUUUCUACAAAAAAUAAAAUAGAAUUGUUAAUA